CGGAUGUUAUUUUGUCGCAGGAUUUCGAGCUUUGGCUGAAGCAAAGUGUUGUUGUCAAUUAACUCAUCGUGAUGGCUGCCGUUUGGCGAGCUCGCAAAUUUGUCCGUUGUUGCGUGCGCUUUUCUGAUCGUGAUCUGUGAAUAGUUCGAUGAAAGCACGAUAAACGCGACCUAAAAAACGCCCAAAAUAAACUGAUAUGGCUGAAAGCAAACAAAAUACCGAUGGCACUGUUGAAGGAGGGGAAGAUGAGAGUACUGAGGAUUCAGUAAUGCAAUUGGAGCUCAGUGCGUUUAGGGCAAAGUGGAUGUCUGAGCUUCAGCCCAGCGCAUGUGAACAGACAGGCUUCUCUAAGACUGCCGACCUGAAGAGAAAGCAGGAAUUGGCUAAAGAGAAAAAGGCCCGAGAGCUGUUUUUAAAGGCUGUUGAGGAAGAACAGAAUGGAGCUGUUUAUGAAGCCAUCAAGUACUACAAGAGUGCAAUGCUGCUGGUACCAGACAUUGAGUUUAAGAUCAACUACAGCAGAACUCCUGAUCCAGACCGGGUUGGUGGGAGCUACUUGGAGAAUAACGAAAAUGAUGGGGAGAUCGAUGAUCUACUUGCAUACUUCCAACAGCAGCUGACACUAGGAGAUGCCACAAUGAAGCUGUGUGAGCCUGAGUCAGAUACCUCUCAGGUGCAUAUUUCAGCUUUGCCCUUUGAGGUCCUCAUGUAUAUCUUCCGCUGGGUGGUGUCAUGUGACCUGGACCUCCGAGCCUUAGAGCAGCUUUCCCUGGUGUGCAGGGGAUUCUAUAUCUGUGCAAGGGACCCUGAGAUUUGGCGGUCUGCCUGUUUGAGAGUGUGGGGGCGGAGCUGCACCAAAAUGCUGCCAUUUUUAUCCUGGAGAGAGAUGUUUUUGGAGAGACCACGUGUACGCUUUGAUGGUGUUUACAUCAGUAAAACAUCAUACAUCCGUCAGGGUGAAGAGUCUCUUGAUGGCUUCUACAGGGCUUGGCACCAGGUAGAGUACUACAGGUACCUGCGCUUCUUCCCUGAUGGUCAGGUGAUAAUGUUGACCACACCCGAAGACCCUUUGGCCACAGUUCCAAGAUUGCGCAGCAAGAACCCCAGGAUUGACUCCACAUUGUUUGGCCAUUAUCGGCUGUCCCAGGAUACGGACAAUCAAACCAAAGUGUAUGUUGUUGUCUCCAAGAGAAAAGAGGAGAAGGUGGCAGACUAUCAGAGGAGCCGGUUCUGCAGGCGGAACCCUGUGCCGGAGGGAGAGCGCUCCUUUCAUGUAGGACUGCAGUUAUCCUCUGGAGGGUGCCAGCGUUUCAGUAAGCUGGUGUGGAUCCACCAUUCUUGUUACAUCACCUACAGAUCAACUGGAGAGACGGUCGUCACUGCAUUUGAUGUGGACAAAAUGUACACACCUCUGUUUUUUGCACGAGUAAAGAGCUACACAGCCUUUUCCGAGCAUCCGCUGUAGGAAGACCCACUUCUCACUGCUUCCAGCUUUUUCUUAUCAAUGUAAAAGAAUGGUGUGACUUUUUAGAUUCCUAUAGUCUUAACUGUAGCUAAAAACACUAAGUUUUGUUUUUGUGUAUAGAUUAAGAUCUGUCACAAUCUUAUUAUAAAGCAUAGUAAACAAUAUAUAUAAAUAUAUAUAUAAUGAAUGUUCAGUUUGUUUCUGUGAAUUUCCUGAAUAUGUCUACCUGCAACUGCAUCAGACAAAUAAAUGAGCUGGAUUGUGUUUGCUGGUUUUCAUUUAAAUACAUGUAUGUAAAUGUAGGUAAAUUAUGCUGUCUAAUUCUGAAAGUUAACAUCAUAAUAAAAUUGACCCUAUUUACUUUAUAAAUAUGCACGACUGAGCUUAUUUUGCACAAUUCAUCAGUACAUGUUAUUCCAAAACUAAUCAUAUUUUCAUAACUUUACAUUCAAGUGUGUACCUCUGGCUUCUUUAAUGUAAUGCCAACUUUUCACUAUCAAACAAUGAAUCCAUGUUCACUUUAAAGUAUAGAAGUGAUUAAGAGUACCCAUACAAGAGACCGCUAUAGAGCAGCUUUCUAACAGGAUAUGCAUAAUUUUCACAUUAUUGUAAUAGCAACGCCCCUUUUCUCAACCACCUGUUGGAAUGUCUGUUGAAACAAACAUCCUUCCACAAACAGAUCUAGUGUGUGAUAUAGAUAACAGAUAUAACCGGAACGUAAUCGGCUCCCACUGACAAAAAAAAGACAUCCAGAAAGAU